AUCUAAGCUUGCUACUUUGCCAGUCGAUCUCUGUCAGGUCCAGUGCAGAAUCAGAGAGGCAACCAAGCUCUAGCUAGCUAGGCAGCCAUGGCGUCUCAUGUGGACCCGCUCGUGGUCGGCAGGGUGAUCGGCGACGUGGUGGACAUGUUCGUGCCGGCGACGGCCAUGUCGGUGCGGUUCGGGACCAAGGACCUCACCAACGGCUGCGAGCUCAAGCCGUCCGUCGCCGCCGCGCCGCCGGCCGUGCAGAUCGCCGGCAGGGCCAGCGAGCUCUUCACCCUGGUCAUGACUGAUCCAGAUGCUCCGAGCCCGAGCGAACCGAGCAUGAGAGAGUGGCUUCACUGGCUGGUGGUUAACAUACCAGGUGGAACAGAUCCUUCUCAAGGGGAGGUGGUGGUGCCGUACAUGGGGCCGAAGCCGCCGGUGGGGAUCCACCGCUACGUGCUGGUGCUGUUCCGGCAGAAGGCGCGGGUGGCGGCGCCGCCGCCGGACGCCGACGCGGCGCGCGCCAGGUUCAGCACACGCGCCUUCGCCGACCGCCACGGUCUGGGGCUCCCCGUCGCCGCCACCUAUUUCAACGCCCAGAAGGAGCCCGCCAACCGCCGCCGCCACUACUAGCCGCCGCCGCCGGCCCCUCGCCGUGGAAAGCCAACGCAUAAUUAAUCCAUAUAUCAUUGCACCAUGCAUCCAUCUGCUCGUCCUUGUGUAAUCAAUGGAUUGUUAAUUACUUUCCGGUAUUUAAUUGAUGUUCGUGGUGAUCAUUAUGGUUUGUUGUUGCUAGGAAAUAAUCUCCCAGCGAGAGAGAAAUCACACGCUCGCGUGUCCGUUCCAUCUCUUAAUUAGGUC